CGUAAGAUUUUGAAAACAUCAAAGUAUAAUGGCUGAUACUGUUGCUCCUGCUCCUGCUGCUCCGGUUGCUGCCUCACCGGCCAAGCCACCCAAGAAGGCCAAGGCACCCAAGGGGGACGCCAAGAAACCCAAGAAGCCAUCGACUCACCCUCCAGUUAACGACAUGGUUUUGGCCGCUAUCAAGACUCUCAAGGAACGUAACGGAUCCUCGCUGCAGGCCAUCAAGAAGUACAUCGCCGCUAAUUACAAAUGCGAUGUUGCCAAGUUGGCUCCGUUCCUAAAGAAGGCCCUGAAAUCAGGCAUCGAGAAGGGAACGCUGGUCCAAACUAAGGGAACUGGUGCUUCCGGUUCAUUCAAGGUUAAGGCCGAUGCUAAGAAACCAGCUGGUGAGAAGAAGGCCAAAAAACCCAAGAAGGAAACCAAAGCCAAGAAACCCGCUGGAGAGAAGAAGAAGGUAGCCAAAAAACCAAAGGCUGCCGCCGCCAAAAAAACUGGUGAGAAAAAAGCCAAGGCAGCUCCUGCUAAAGCUGCCAAGAAAGCUGCUGGAGUGAAAAAGGCCGCUGCUCCCAAACAGAAAGCCACAAAGCCAUCGAAAACCGCAGCCAAAAAGCCGAAAACACCGAAGCCAAAGAAGGCUGCUGCUCCGGCAAAAAAAGCUGCCCCGAAAAAGGCCGCUGCCAAGAAGUAAACACCGAAUUGAAUUACCAAAAUUUCAAAAAAUCAGUCCUUUUUAGGACUACCAAAAAUGUACAUGAAGAAGUUAAUUUGAUUUUACUGCAACAUGUAAACACUUUUUUGGCAUACUAUUUCCUGAACCUUUAAUCACCAAAUGAUCAACAAAGCGGACAUUAACUGCAGCAUGGAUUCUUGUCGGUAGUCAAUCUUCUCGGGAGUUGGACUACAGGUCAGACUCGAUUAUAAACAACAAUAUCGCACGCUUAGCCUUGGGGCUAAUAGCGGUCUCGUUCAACUAGAUUAGUUGAGAGAUUUCGUUAUCGAUAUUGUUUUUUUGGCACAUUUUGCAUGGGUAUGAUAAGUACAACGAUACACCGUGCCCCAGUGCUGAGUCGAGAAAAUUUCCAGCUCGAAAAGAUCCUCGACUCGAUCGGGAAUCGAACCCGAUAUCACAACCGUGUGGGAGAGCUAGCCGACCGACAUCGCUAACCACAGAGCCACGGGGACCACCACUCGAUUAUCCGGAACAUAAAAAAAAUUCAUUCCGGAUAAUCGAAUCACACGAAAAAAUACUGAAAUUUUGCGAUCAACAAACAUGAAAUAAAUAUUUCUUUUCUUUAUUUUACUUGUAUGAUGCGCAGUGGCGUAACCAGAAGUUAUUUCUGAGGCGAAAAGUGGUAAAAU